AGUCGCCGUGGCACGCUUAUCUCGGCGGUGUGAUCGGUGUCUUUCCGGCAUUCCUUUCAAGUUUCGAUCAGAUCAGUGCGCGUAGUUUCCGCAAAAAGCGUCUCGCCACCGGCAUAUAGCACCGACGGGGCUUCUUGCUUUCUGCAAUGAACGAAGAGUAUGAUGUCGUGUUGAAUAUCCUUAUUGUUGGGGAAAAAUGUGUCGGCAAGACUGCCCUUCAGCUCAGAUUUACGGAUUGUGCCUUCACAGUAAACAACCGGAUGACACUUGGUCUUGACUACAGAAAUAAAGUGAUACAGUUAGACGGCAGCAGGAUAAUGGUGGUCGUUGUCGACACGAUGGGCCAAGAACGGUUCCACUGCAUUACUUCCAUCUACUACCGCGGAGCACAUGGCAUUAUUUUAGCCUACGAUGUCACAGACCAGAACAGUUUCAACAACCUCGGUUACUGGAUGGAGCAGGUCAACCUCUACGCAAGAGGCGACGUCUGCAAGCUUCUGGUUGGAUGCAAAAGUGACCGCACGGAUGCGAGAGCUGUCGAAUACAAUACAGCGAAGGCGUUUGCAGACCAGCAGGGCCUCCAGCUCAUCGAGACGAGCGCAAGAAACGGUACCAACGUGGAGGAGGCGUUUAGGGCGAUUGCGGCAGAUAUUAUGCAGCGUUCGCUUCCGCCGACCACGGGAACUGCCUCUGAGAACGACGUGGUCAGGCUCCACAGAGGUUCACCUGCCAACAACCAACAUGGGUUUAAUAGCUGUUGCUCGUCUUUGAAAGAUUUAUUCAAACGAAGGGCCUAAAGAUACGUCGCACGUACACGAGAACGUUUAUUAAACAUCUUCCUAAAAUACGGCGGAUCCACUGAAAGAAACCGUUUCGGCAAAGCCGCAUCGAUCCUGCGAGGCUUCACACCACCUUCAGAGUGGUUAGAAUACUUACAGAACUGUGCAACAUACUCGCAUACCUUGCCGCCAUCACAUGUGCAUGGUGGGGUUCUGCACAUAUUAUGGUGAAUCUACACGCAGUAGCUCACUUUGAUGGCAGUCAGUGACAGCGCGGCUGAGAGCUGUCACUGACGCAGUAGCUCGCGUUUGCAACGAAAGCUGUAUCUAGAUGUGGCUGUAGGCUCUAUGCACAUUCUCGAUAAAAUGUUAGAGAAGCAUGUAGGUUAAGUGCGCAAGAAGUUGCCUUCAUAAACGCCGAAUUCAACAAAAAUAAUUCGGCAAGGGCCUUCGGCAAGUUUGCAGGCAGUGGUUACAAUAUAGAUGUAAAAGUUCCUGCAUGUGGUCGCUGACGGCAUGAGAGUAAAAUCUUUGCUUUGUUGGCUGGGUACCCUGGUUCAA